AUGCUGUCCGCGCGCGUGACCUCCUCCGCCGCCGCGUCCACGACGACGUCGUCCCGGCGCGCCGCGUUCGCGAGCGGCGGCGGCGCCAGAGGCGUCGCCGCGCUCGCGCGCGCGCCCGCGCCCCCUCGCGCGCGCGCCUCCGACCGCGGAAGAUCGCUCGUCGUCCGCGCGGACGUCCGGAAGCGGUGGCGCAGCAGCAAGUCCAUGACGCUGACGAUCAAGGACGAGGACGACGCGCACGACUUCGCGUCGUACAUCAGCGACGGCGAGCGCAUCAUCUGCGUGACGUUCCCGGACGAGGACCGCAGAGAGAAGCUCGACGACACCGCGUGGAGGGUGCGGCUGAGACCGUUCGAGUUCUUCAACUUCAAAGCCACGGUGUUCUGUACGCUCAGGCUCACGCCGAAGAAGGACGGCCUGCACCUCACCGCGGAGGACCUCACGAUCGAAGGCCUCCCUGACGAGUUCGGCGUGAACGGGAAGGUGUGGCUCGUCAUGGACGGCGCGCUGAAGCCGGCGAGGACGGCGAACUCGGCGGGGAGGAAGGUGCUCGGAAAGAUCACCGUGAACCUCACCGCGGACGUGAACGACGUGGUCGCGAUCGUGCCCGGGUUGGACGACGCGGUGAACCUCAUCAACGACACGGUGAUAUCGAACCUGCAAGGGAGCUUGAACGCGACGAUCGCGGGGGAUUACGCGCGGUGGAAGGUGAACCAGAGAGCCGAGGCGCUCGCCUGA